GGCGGGGCUCAUCCUGGAGCCUCACAGCCUCCCUCAGUCCGACCAGACCCAGAACAGGCCUCCUAGACCUCCUAGACCUCCUGGAUCUACUGGACCAGUACCCCCAGAGCAGUCCGCCUAGAGCUACUGGAUCUACCGGAUCUACUGGAAAUACUGGAUCUACCGGACCCCGUCUACAAGACCAGACCGGACUACAUGAAAACCUGAGAAGACCAGACUAGAGGAGACCAGACCAGACUAGAGGAGACCAGACCAGACUAGAGGAGACCAGAUACAGCCUCCAGGAUGCAAGCUCUGGGAGGAAUGCUGGUGGUUGUGGUUCUACUGGUCAGAACCCAGUGUGAGGUCCGGGCCAGAGACCCUGGGGAGGAGGGGGGGUUGGGAGGAGGAGCAGGAGGAGGUGGAGGAGGAGCAGGAGGAGGAGCAGGAGGAGGUGGAGGAGGAGCAGGAGGAGGUGGAGGAGGAGCAGGAGGCUGGGAGCAAAAAGAGCUCCUGUUGGAGGACCUCCUGACUGGGCCAGAAACCACCCGGCCUCCUGGUUCAGAACCUCAGAGACCCCCAGGGACAAUCGCCUCGCGCACAGGGAACUGGUGUGCGUUCGUCCAGCAGCGGGUGGUGCCGACGACGGUGAAGUGCGAGACGGAGAAAUACACCAUCAGGACCCCCUGUCCUCCUGAGACCCCCAACUGUCAGCUCGUCAUGGUGCAGGCCCCCAGCCGGCCGGUCUACCGGCAGCAGCAGCACGUGUUCACUGCCCUCCAGUGGCGCUGCUGUCCCGGACACAACGGACCUCACUGCCGGGACGCAGAUGAGCAAAACGACACACAGUCUCCAGCACCACAACAUGACCCUCGGAACCCACAACUUCACCAUGGCAACCAAGACCCUCGGGACCCACAACUUCACCAUGGCAACCAUGACCCUCGGGACCCAAAACUUCACCAUGGCAACCAUGACCCUCGGAACUCAGAACUUCACCAUGGCAACCAUGACCCUCGGAACCCAGAACUUCACCAUGGCAACCAUCACCACACAAACGGAGCCCAUAGUUCUGACCUCCAAAACGAGGCCGCUCUGGUCCCGGCGGUGGCGGCGCUGGUCCUGGCUCAGCUGAACCCGGUCCUGGAGGGAUUCAACCGCUCCCUGCUCCUUCUGGAGAGGCGAAUGGGGGAGCUAGCCCAGGAACUGGCCCCUAGGAGCCCUGAGGGAGAGAGGGAGCCGGCCCGGGACCAGGCCCCGAGACCCGGGGCAGGGAGCCGGCUGGAGGAGGUGCAGGAGGUGCGCCAGCUGCUGGAAAGCCACCGCAACGCGGUGUAUGAGCAGCUGAACUCCCAGCAUGCAACGCUGCAGGCCAACCUCGGCAGCCUCAGAACAGAAGUGAACUUGAAGCUCCAGCGCAGCGAGGAGAUGAUACAGACCAGCAUCCAGGGCCUGAACGCCUCGCUGGUGGACCUCUGUGGCCCCCACGGGCUGGGGGAGGGGGCCAGGUGCCAGGAGCAGGGGGGAAGAGCCAGGGGCCAGGAACCCUCCCCCAGCCCUGCCAAGGAACCAGCCUGGACCAAACAUCUCAACACUCAGGUCAAGCUGAGCGCCCUCGAGGAGGACGUGAAGGAGGACCGCCGCUCGCUGGGGGCCCUGAGGCGCCGCCUGGGGGAGCUGGAGGAGCAGAUCUCCCAGACGGGCCGGGAGAGCCAGAUGAAGUUCAUGGAGACCGGUCUGGACGUGGAGGCCGCCCGCGAGGUGGUCCUGGGCCAGCUCAGGGAGCUGGAGGGGAACCUCAGCUCGGCCGCGCAGCAGGCGCAGGACCGCGACAACGACGUGGACUACCUGUUCAAGGUGCUCUACAACUGCACCGCCCUGAGGCACGAGGUGGCCCGCCUGGAGAGGGGCGUGGCCAACCUCACCCAGCUGGUCGAUGUGAAGCAGCCGGCCCCGGAGGAGGGGGCCCAGUGGGCGUCGCCGGUGAAGGAGCUCCAGCUGGGCCUGCAGCAGUUGCAGGACGCCCUGGUCCUGGAGCGCGGCGCCGGCGAUCUGGAGGAGAGGAUGCGGCGCCUGUCCAGCUCCUUCGGCUCUCUGCUGAAGGACGCCGGCCGGAACAGCGAGGUGCUGGAGGUGCUGCUGGGGGAGGACGUGCUGGAGUUCCUCCGCCGGCCCCCCGCCUACCAGGAGGCGCUCUCCAUCCCCGGCCUCAAGGAGCAUAUCAGGAGCCUCAACCACAGCCUCACCGCGCUGCACAGAGACAGAGCAGAAUCUCUGAUGGCGGACCAGCCCCUUCCGGCAGAGGGGGGGGUGAGGAGCAGUAGCCACGCCCCCCUCAGGGAGCAGCAGAUCCUCACGGCUCCUGACCCCGCUGACAGAGGAGGAGCCCUGGAGAAGGAGGUGGAGGAGCUGGAGGUCAGGGUCCAGGCCCUGGAGGAGCAAGGGGGAGGAGCGCAGGAGGAGCAGCUCCAGCAGGAGGUGCUGUGGUUGAGGAGGGCGGUGGAGGAUCAUCUGCGGCUCUUUAAGAAGGUCUUCAGACAGGCUGAGACCCUGGAGGACUCCCACCGGACCCUGGACCUGCAGGACCUCUGGACCCUGAGCCAGGACCCCCGCAGAGAGAGGAGGAGAGGGGGAGAGAGGAGGGGAGAGAAGGACGGAGAGGUUAGAAGAGAAGCCCUCCAGGGCAGGAGGGACCCCAAAGCAACUGCACCCCGGCCUCAGAGCAGUCCACUGCUCCUGGCAGCCGGUCUCCUUGGCAACGGGCGGUUCCUGGGGUUCAAAGCGUCUCUGAACGUGGGCGGAGAUUACUCAGAGACAUCCGGGCGCUUCACGGCGCCGCAGACCGGACUCUACCUGCUGCUGCUGACCCUUGACCUAAGGCCGGGCCACACCCACCUGCUGCUGAGGAGGCGGUCCGGGACGGAGCUGCACCUCCUGCAGGAGGAGGUGAAGGAGGGGGCCGGAGCGCUCUCCUUCCUCUGUCUGCUGCAUCUGGAGGAGAAGGAGUGGCUCUCUGUGGAGCUGAGAGCAGGAGGACUGCUGGACCCCAGCAGCACCGCCCUGGCAGUGCUGCUGCUGCACUAGCGCCCCUGGUGGUCACUAUGUAGCACUGCUGCACUAGCGCCCCUGGUGGUCACUAUGUAGCACUGCUGCACUAGCGCCCCUGGUGGUCACUAUGUAGCACUGCUGCACUAGCGCCCCUGGUGGUCCCUAUGGAGCACUGCUGCACUAGCGCCCCUGGUGGUCACUAUGUAGCACUGCUGCACUAGCGCCCCUGGUGGUCCCUAUGGAGCACUGCUGCACUAGCGCCCCUGGUGGUCACUAUGUAGCACUGCUGCACUAGCGCCCCUGGUGGUCACUAUGUAGGAAUGCUGCCCAAGUUACACCUGAGGGGAAUUGAACUGUCAACCCUUCAGCUGGAGAUUUCCACCAAUGUAAAUCAUUUGUAUAUGAAAUAACGAGUUAUAUAAAUAUGUAAUACAUAUAUGUAGAAAAAAAAAAGAUUUACAUAUUAAUAAAGACAAAUUAACAAAUAA